AGUUCAAGUGUUUUCUUAUCAGUGUUGCUCCCGGAAGUGGUAAGAAGACAGAUCAAAAACCCUAGCUCCGAUCAAACAUUCUACAAAUUAAUAUCCGAUGGAACCCGACGAGGAUUUAGGGCUAAUAGCCGACGAGAUCUACGCCAACGGCGAUGAAAACACGCAGCGUCACCGGCCGAUUAUCAGCAGCGAGCAGCUGGAUGUUGAGGCGUACGCUGCCUUAUACAGUGGCCGGACAAAAAUCAUGAGGCUUCACUUUAUAGCCGAUCGAUGUGGCAAUGCUUCAAUGCAGUUGGAGGCUUUGAGAAUGGCCUAUGAUGAGAUUAAGAAAGGGGAAAACACACAAUUGUUCCGUGAGGUUGUGCAGAAAAUCGAUGGACGUUUGGGCACUAAUUAUGGGCCAGACCCUGCUUGGGCUGACUCUGUGGAUCGCCGGGCUGAUUUGAGGAAGGAGAAGCUUGAGAGUGAACUCAACGCUUAUAGGACAAAUCUGAUCAAAGAGAGCAUUAGGAUGGGAUACAAUGAUUUUGGAGAUUUCUACUAUGCACAUGGACAGCUUGGAGAGGCAUUUAAGAAUUAUGUUCGUACACGUGAUUAUUGUACGACUGCGAAACACAUAAUCCAUAUGUGUUUGAAUGCGAUUCUGGUCAGCAUUGAGAUGGGCCAGUUCACACAUGUUACAAGCUAUGUUAGUAAGGCGGAGCAGAGUCAAGAUGCUCUAGAUGCUAUUACAGUUGCAAAACUUCGUUGUGCUGCGGGGUUGGCUCAUUUGGAGGCAAAGAAAUAUAAGCUUGCUGCUCGGAAGUUCCUGGAAGUUGGUCCAGAAUUAGGUAACAACUACACUGAGGUUAUUGCACCCCAAGAUGUUGCUACUUAUGGUGGACUCUGUGCACUUGCAAGUUUUGACCGAGCAGAACUGAAGAGCAAAGUUAUUGACAAUAUAAACUUCAGAAAUUUCUUAGAGCUGGUACCCGAGAUAAGGGAGCUCAUUCAUGAUUUCUAUACAAGUCACUAUGCUUCUUGUCUGGAGUAUCUAGGGAACCUUAAAGCAAAUCUAUUGCUUGACAUCCAUUUGCAUGACCAUGUUGAGACACUGUAUGAUCAAAUCCGUAGCAAAGCUUUGAUACAGUAUACCCACCCAUUUGUCUCGGUUGAUUUGAAUAUGAUGGCUAAUGCUUUCAAGACGAGUGUUGCCGGGUUGGAAAAGGAACUUGAAGCUUUGAUCACUGACAACCAAAUUCAGGCUCGAAUUGACUCACACAACAAAAUUUUGUAUGCACGACAUGCUGAUCAGAGAAAUGCAACAUUCCAGAAGGUGCUGCAGACAGGCAAGGAAUUCGAUCGGGAUGUGAGAUCAAUGCUUUUGAGAGCAAACCUUCUUAAGCAUGACUACAUCGCUAGAACAUCAAGGAAACAUUGAAACGACUGAGGAGGAUGGUAGCAGGCAGUUUUGUUUUCCUUGAUUGCGAGGUUAGGUAUGCUGCAUGAAGUUGACCAGACCAUUGUCUACAGAACUUGGUUGAGUCUUGGAAAGCCAUAUCUUUUGGGGGCUCGAGAAUUUUUUCUGGAUAAUAGAGGGGACUGCUGUUCAUAUUUAUAGAAUUACCAGUUGCUGAAAAAGUAAAUAUUUUUGCCUGAUCUACUUGCUGCAACCUUUCUCGGUGAUGUGUCAUCAACGAAUGCUAAUCCAUUUACUCGUUACCCAUUUAGUACCUUGUUUUUUUGUUCAUUUUAUAAUUUAAGAUGAAAGAUUCAAUCUAGCCUAUAUUGUUGAUGCUUAUAUGUGCUGACGUAUUCAUCAAUGGUCAUUAGUCUUCGAGUUUAA